AUGAUAUUAACAACUAAAGGACAAUUUGAUGCAGUUUAUCAAUUUUAUGGUCAAUCUUCAGUUGAUUCAACAAAAGAACUACAUAAAUUAUCACGUUCACUUGAAAAAUCUCCAACAUUUAUUCAAUCUCGUCGUUAUCAUUUCGAUCAAUUAACACGUGAUAUUUAUGAUCUUGAUCAUCCAUUAUCAUUUAUAGCUCCAAUAUCUUCUUCAUAUUAUUAUUCUUAUAGUGGUCUAGGUACACAAUUAUCUAUUUCAAGUCAAGAAGCUUGUCGUUUAACAAAUAACUUUUGUUUAUCUGAUUAUCAAUGUUGUUCAGAAAAAUGUCGAUGUAUUAAAUGGUCUAUUGUAGGAAAAAUGUCAUGUUGGAAAAAAUGUUUUUAA